UCGGAGGUGUUUGAUUUUUCAUUUGACGAUACCUCCCGCUCCAGAGCAGCUGCUCCCCACCCGAGUACAGUUUUUAUUUCAAUUUGGCGACGUGUUCAAAAAAAAUAAAACAGAAAAAGAGAAUGCAAAAGUACAAAGAAAAAUUCUGAUGAAAUAGAACAAAAGUCUAUUGAAGAGAAGAAAGACCAGUGCCCAGUGCGAGAGAUUCAUAUAAACGCUCUACAUAUUAAAUAUUCAAAAUACAAAGCAGAAUUCAUGGAAAUUUGCAAAAAAUCAAUGAUUUUGUGUUUGAUCUCAACCCCUGCACUCCCCUGCCUUGGCCCCUGCCCAUGAUCCCCAACCCCCUGAUCCCUGAUCAUCUGUGAGUCAUGCGUUGAUGAUGAAACCGGACAUGCCUGUUUCACGCAAAGAAAUUACACUCCCGAUUCCCUCUCUCGAGCUGGACUGAUGAUCAGUCGUGAAGCUACCGUGGCCCAAGUCCCAGUGGUGGCCUUUUUUUUAUGGUUUCUGUGUUGAAGUUGGCCCCCAGACCCUGACCCCAUAUGAUGGUGUUGCCAUGUGUGAUACUUAAAAACGACCAAGAUGUACUUUGAGAAAUGAUGAAAUUUGGAAGAAGUUGUUUGUUUGUCCGAGUAGACUUAAGUUUUGUGUUGGCCAGUACCGUACCGAUUGUGUGAUCGCUACAUCAAUGUGAACAAGUGAUCUUUGCAGUUCUUCAAAGAAAUUGCCAAUAAGUAUGAGUAUCUAUAUAUGAAUAAUCGAUACAUAUAUUGAAGAGAAGAUCGCUCCAUUGUGUCGAUAUGUGUGCUAAUAAUACAAUACCUCUGCAAGAUCUCCAUUCCGCUCAGAUAUCUCAAGCCAAUGAAUAUGUUUCUUUUGUUGUGAAAAGAUUUGGAAAUCAAUCAAUGAGAUUUAUACAUAUUGUGUGGAUGUAGAUCGCGGCUGCUGGGUUAGAUAUUUUAAUGAAUUUUAAUGUGGAAUCUUUAAGAGAUAUUGUGGCUGGAUGCCUACUGAUCAAGAAUAAAAUGUUGAUGUGUGAAACGAAUGCAAAGCCAAUUAUGAAGUAAUUGAGUGACUACUAAUUAACUAAUCAAUGUGUGAUCAAACCAUUAUAUGGACUUAUGAAGACUUUGCGAUCAAUUAAAUGCAUGAAUGAUCGCUUGAAUGGCGGCAUCAUGGAGCAUUUUUCUUGAUCCUGUCUUGCAGAACUUAUAUAUGCAUAUGUAAGUGCAGCCAAGCAAAUGCAUGAGUGAUCCACAUAACAAAUAGGGAUCAUGUAGCAUUUCUCUUGUGAACGCAUGACUGAUCUCACGGAGCUUUAUGUUGAUUAAUAUGUAUGAUCCCUGCCAUCCUCAAACAAUGUGUAAACCCUAUAUCAUGAUGCCAAUGAUCCAUUUCCCGAACCUUUUAAUGAUAUUUCCCUAUACCUUCCCUAUACUCCUUUAUGAACAUACAAUGGACAUACAUAAAUAUACUUUUAUAUUUUUUGAUGGAUGUUAUUUAGUUAUGAUAUUCCUUUUAGGAAGCUCUCAUUUGGGUGUGGGUAACUCCAGAGGAGCGAUCCUUAAAGCUUUGACUUCCCGUCCACCCCUUAUUGAUGGCUAAUAUUGCAUGUUGAUACAUUUUCAUGGUUUUGCGUAAUUCUUUCGCUGCCAAUUGCACUCAUCCGCUCGAUGAUGGUUUGUUAGGGGUAUUUCAUCACGUUGCGAAAAGCAGGCCCGACCAGAGAGAGUGGCCUUGUGGCUUUUUUCUCGUGUCGUGGUCCGUGUAUCGGGAACGGGAACGGGAAUGGGAAUGGGAAAGAGGACGCCAAAUCCACGUAGCUGAUAGCGAAACUUGCAAUCGGGUGAUGAGACCAGGGUGGGGGGAAGCGGUGUGUGCUUAGGGGGUAUUCACCGACGCCGUCGGCUAUUUUUAUCGCUCUCUCUCUCUCUUGCUACGCAGUUAGCAAUGCUCCAUGCUCCAGUGCUUUGACGGCUCUCUGCGGCCUGUCAGCGGCAGCUUUCUGGGAGAGUAUAAAAGAUGCCGGCCGGCAAGCAUUCAUUACCAGUUCGAAGCUUGCGACGACAGCGAAAGCAAAGCCAAAGCAAAGCCAACAAAACACACACAUAGGGAGACAGCAACAUGAGUGAAUUAGGGAAAUUGCAGGAGGCACAGGGCCAGCAUGGGCAGCAUCCACUGCAGUUCGUGGAAAUGGUCGACUGCGACAUAGUGUUCGACGAGGAGCUGCCGCAGUCCUCGCAGCAGGCCCAGGGCUCGAAGCAGACCAAGGCCAAGAAUCAACGGCAUCAGUCGGAGACGCUCUUCAGCCAGGCCAUCAGGAAGGUCUCGAAGGUGCAGCGCAUGCUGGAGCAGGCUAUGGUCCUGCUGGCCGAGGAGGAGGCCGCAGAGGGUGCCAAGUCCCAGCCGAAGCAGUCCAAGAAGCAGCACAAGAAGGACAAGAAGGACAAGAAGAAGGACAAGAAGAAGGCCAAGAAGCAGGAGAAGAAGCGCAGGAAGUCCGCAGGUGCAGCCCUCGGUGAGCAGCCUGACGAGGAGGUGCCCACCACCAGUCGUCCUCGCUCCGACAGCAUCAGCUCGACGAGCUCCAGCUCCAGCUCCAGCUCCAGUUCGAGCUCCAGCUCCUCGAGUAGCUCCAGCUCCGGCUCGGAGGAUGCGCCUCACCAUUAUGCGUAUGGCUGGGGACGCAAGCACUGGGGAGGCGGAUGGCCUCAUGGCCCUCACGGAGGCCACCAUCAUCGCCACCAUGGACGCGAUCGUUCCCGAUCUCGCAGUCGCUCUCAUGGACGCCACGGCCAUGGACACGGACACGGACAUGGACACGGACAUGGUAAUCGUCGUCAUGGCCACGGUGGCCAUCAUUUCGGACCCCAUAACUUCGGGCACCAUCAUUUCGGACCCCAUCACUUCGGACCCCAGGACUUUGGUCCUCAUGGCUUCGGGCCACGUGACUGGGCGGCCGCCUGUCCGUCCGGAUUCGAUCGCCGUCCCGCCUGGCUGGCACCUUGGGCCGAGCAGUGCCGGUUUUUUCGGUCGGCGGGCCUGCCGUGGGCCCUGGAACACAGCGCGGCAAGAAGGGGGCGAUCGAUCUCUAGACCAGCAUUCCGUGGAGAUUGUGGACAUCAGCACGGAGAGCAUCAGCGACGUGGACACGGACACGGACAUGGCCACAAAUUUGGUUCACAUGACCGUCGAGUAGCUCGAUCGAGCUCCAGCUCGAGUUCUAGUUCAGACAGCGAGCCGGAACUGGUCAAGUGCGGACGCAAGGGAUCGCGUCGCAGAAGCCGUCAUGGCCACCGCUCCAGCUCUAGCUCCAGCGGGCACUCGGACACCGAAAAGAGGGAAAAGAAGAAUAAGUGCCGCCGACAGAGUCGUGGAGAACGGAUUCAUGGACCCCACCACGGACCUCAUCACGGUCCUCAUCACGGGCCCCACCACGGCCCACAUCGUGGACCCCACCACGGACCUCAUCACGGACCCCACCACGGUCGUCAUGGAUUCCACCACGGACCUAAUUUUGGACUCACUCCUGGACCCGAUUUCGCUUGGCAUUUUCAAGGACGCUAUGGAGCGCCUCCAGCUGUUGUCGGCUUUGAAGGAGCACCAUCCUAUGGUCCCAGCUUUGGUCCACCUCCUGAAUGCCGUGGACGCAGACGUAGUCAUUCUCGUUCCCCUUCUCGUUCUCGUUCCCGUUCCCAUUCGCGCUGUCCCAAAAAGAAGGAGGAACGAAAGGGCUCUCGCUCCCGGUCCCGCUCUCGAUCGCGCUCAGUUGGGAAAAAGAACGGCAAGGGAAUGGAAAAGAAACAUCAGAAACAUGGCAAAGUCCCCAGGGGUCCCCAUCGUGGAACCAUUCCAAAUCCUGGACAUGGUCAGCCUCGUGGACCCGUGCCAUGUUUCGAGCAUGGCCCCCAUUAUAGGAACGCUCUUCAUGGUGGAUCCGUUCCCCUUCAUGGACAUGAUAGCCCAUGGGCCUGGUGGGCCUAAGCGACCUAAAGUAUACCAACUUACCUUCAAUGUAUCCUUUAACCAGCCGCAGGCAUAAUCCUUGAUGUUGUGCCUACCAAACAAUGUAAUUAUAUUCAAAAAAAAAGAAGCCUUAUAUCAAUUAUACAUACAAAUU